AGCCGGAGGGGUGCGAGCGAGCGGGUCACGGCCGCGCCGGGAGAGGGCGGCGAUGAGCGCGCGCCAGUAGCUCAGCGGUGCCAACAUGCCGCUGCCGUCGGAAGGCGCCUGGGCAGCGCCCGACGCUGCCUGAGGAGCGGCCCAUGGGGAGCGUGCGCUGGGCCUUCCCCUGCGCCGCCUGGCGCCCCCGCCGCGAGGAGUGGCUGCUGGCGGCGCGCCUGGUGCAGCCCGAGGAGAAGGACCGCAUCGGCCAGUUUGUCUUUGCCCGCGAUGCCAAAGCCGCCUUGGCUGGUCGUCUGCUGAUAAGGAAACUAAUUGCAGAAAAGUUGCAUAUACCAUGGAAUGAAAUACGCUUGCAGAGGACAUCAAAAGGAAAACCUUUCCUGGCAAAUAACAUAUCCAGUACCUAUUCAAACUACAACUUCAAUGUCUCUCAUCAAGGGGAUUAUGCAGUUCUUGCAGCUGAGCCAGAACUUCAAGUUGGCAUUGAUAUUAUGAAGACUAGUGUACCAGGUAGUAACUCAAUACCAAAUUUCUUUCGCAUUAUGAAGCGACAGUUCACUGAGACAGAAUGGGGUGUAAUCAAGUCUAUGAAUAAUGAAUGGAUGCAGCUGGAUAUGUUUCAUCGGCAUUGGGCCCUAAAGGAGAGCUUCUUAAAAGCUAUUGGAGUUGGAAUUGGCUUCAACUUGCAAAGAAUUGAAUUUAAUGUAUCCCCAUUGCAACUGGAAAUAGGGAAGGUAUAUCAGGAGACAAAAAUGCUGCUGGAUGGGGAUGAAGAAGAAGAAUGGACUUUUGAGGAAACCCGGUUAGAUGACAAUCAUCAUGUUGCAGUGGCUCUUGGGAAGCAGGAGGGAUAUGGACAGAAGCAUUCCCAUGUAUAUUCCAUGGAGUCUAAUCAACCACAGUUUAUGUUACUGACUUUUGAAGACUUAGUUGCAUCUGGUAUUCCAGUCACACCCGAGGAUUCUGCAUAUUGGCAUAACUUUUGUUCUAAGCAGGAGAGUCCAACAAAACAGAAUUCACAUUCAAGAUAAGAAUACAUUGUUCAACAAUAAAAGAUUCAACCAAAGAUUGUUGAAGAUCCCAUGAUAUUCCUCCACAUAAUUCAGGUUGUGGGAAUAUGUGUACAUGUUUAGAUGAGAAAUAUUUUUCUUCAUUUAAUCCAACAGUAGGAUUCCCGCCUUUUCAAAACUGACAUUCUUUAUAUUAUGAAAGAUGUAUAUUUUCUUGCUGAAAGAGUUAAGCUUUUGCCUCUCCUUGCCAGUGCUUCUCACAUCUCAGUGAUUAGGAAGGAAGCAGGUCUUGCCCCUAAAUCCCUGCUGGGCCCCCUUAUCUCUCCACCUCCUCUGGAUGCUCAUCCACCUCUUAACUAACAUGACUGUAUAUUCAACACAAAAUAUGGCUAUUCAUUUUAAUCUCUUAAUUUUGUUCUUUACUGAACAGUUUGCUAGAAGUAGAUAAAUGUGUUUAGCUUGGACAUAUUCCCAUGUUUUAAACCUUUAUGUAUUUUGCAUAGAAAAGAUGUUAGAGUUGACUGCAAGAUUUAAUUGGCAAAUAUGCUUUUCAGUACAAUUUCCAGCUACAUGACAAGAGACUGGUGACAUUCAACAUGAAAAUGUGUAGCUUUGAAAAGUGUAUACAUUCAGUACUCCUUCAGCAUUUCCAUAAGUCUGUAAAGCGAUGGAUAGUAUACCUUGUUACAGUAUUGUGGAAUCAAAUGCAUUCAUCUUAAUCAAAUGCACUGAAUUUAGUCAAGCAAGAAAUAGUAGAUAUAGUGGCAAAAGUAAUGUAAACAUGGUUGUAAUUCAUAGGUUGUUUGAAACAUCCAGGCAACACACCUUUAAAAAAAAUCAUCUUUACCUUAGACAUUGCAGUAGAACUGAUAUGCAAAGAAAAGCAAGUUAGGAGGAGGAGAGGGUUCUUCAAAUGAACAUAGACUCUCUCUUUAUUGGAGCAUUCUAAUGCCAUAGCACUACGUUCAGUAAAGAAGAUAAGCAGUAUGUGGGCUUGAUACAAUCAAGUCUAAAACAGUGAUUAAAACUUCCCUGCUUAACCUUUGCCUAAAUCUGCAGGUGCCUAAACGUGCUAGUUGCCUGUAUUUGUGCUUCUCGGCAUGUUCCUCCAGAAUACAGAUAUUUCAGAUUGUUGCACACUGUAUGGAAAAUGUAGGCAUGAAACUCCACUCUGGAUUCUUCUCAAGGGAGCUAUUAUUAAAAAACUUCUUGUGACUUUUUGUAACAUGUCAGCUUAUUGUGUUGUGUGGACUGCUUGUUUAUGGUCAGAUAGUAUAUAUAACUCCUAUUUCUGCUAUGAUUUAAUUUUAAUUUCUACUGAAAUAAAAAGUUUGUUAAUUUG